GGCAGAUAUGGUUGCCAAGAAGAAGGCUCCGCCCAAGAAGGCCGCCAAGGCGCCCGCCAAGAAGGCUCCGCCGCCGAAGAAGGCGCCCGUGAAGAAGGCGACGCCGCCCAAGAAGGCGCCCGCCAAGGCGACGCCCAAGAAGACCAUCGCAAAGCAGAAGCUCGUCAAGGUGCCGGUCUCGGCGCUGGCGGAGCGGAAGAAGGGGGGCGGGCGGAAGAAGGUGGAGAAGAAGGUGUUCGAGCCCGAGGAGAAGCCGGCGCAGAAGCGGGCCGCGAGGGCGCCGCCCAAGCCCGCCGUCGCCGCGACUUCUGGUGGCAAGUCGACCAAGGCGACGCUCCGAAUGGUCGUCAAGCUGCUGACAGAUCUGAUCGAGACGCUGUAGGGGGGGGGGGGGGGGGGCUCCUCGGGGCGGCUAUCUAGGGGCGGUCGCGCCGAGCCACUCUUUUCUUCCGCCUGGGAGGAGCCCGGGUCGGCGCGCGCGCGAUCUGCGCCGCGAGGCGAUCUUGCCGCUGUCUCUGGAGGCAGGUGCGGUGUCUGCGGCUGCCGCACCAGCGUUGUCCUGCCCUGCCCCGCUCCGCGGCGCGUACGCGCGCGUCGGAACUGUAGUCAUAAGUUAGCCGCCGCCCGGCGCGGCUUGGUCCCUGGAGCGUGACUGUCGCAAUCCCGCGUGGCCCGGGUGCCAGCGCGGUGACUCCACAUUGUGCUCGGGUCUAGCUGUGUAGGGCCGUGCGCGCCCUAGUGUCACCGGGGUCUCAUGUCGUGGUGCGUUAUGCUGGUGUAGUAGCGAUGCACACGGUCUUGGGGGCAUGCGCAUGUGUUUCCUUUUAAGCGCUUAUGCAUGUGAGUAGACAGUAGUUGCUCUUGCGCUACGGCUUUACUGGUAUUUUCGUUAAAAUCGCACGUUGUCGAA